AUGAAUUUGAAGCGACAAUUCUCAUGGAAAUACUUGACCUUUGUCUUGAUCUUUAUCAUUGGCUACAGCACCUACCAGUCGACAAAGAAUAUUGAAAAGUUAACGAAUGAGUUGAGAGCAGAGCGAAAAACAAUUGAAAAGCUCAAGAAACAAAACCAGUCGGCAGCGAUCAAAGAUGACGAAGCCAGAAUCAACCCGAAAAUUCUCAAAAGCCCUCCCGCAGAAAAGAAAGAUGAAAGACCUGUUCAACACGGUCCAAGCGAGUCUGAGAAAGAAGUAGAAAGCGGCUACGAAUUUGGAAAAGUCUUCAAAAUUCCCCAAAAACCAUAUGAUCAUACUCGCGGUACUCCGUCAGAUCCAGUGUUGAUCGAGAGAAGGGAUUUUGUGAGAAACAUGAUGAAACAUGCUUGGAAUGGGUACAGAGAAAAAGCAUGGGGGUUCAAUGAGGUUCAGCCGCGCUCUGGAACGCCAAGCACGAGCAAUAUCUUUGGAAAAGCAAAAACAGGUGCUACAAUCAUUGAUGGACUCGAUACGCUAUGGAUCAUGGGGCUGGAGAAAGAGUUUGAAGAAGGAAGAAGAUGGGUCGCUGAAAGCUUUAAUCUGAGAAUUUCAAACUCGAUGCUUUCUUCCUUCGAAACCGUCAUCCGUUUCCUCGGCGGGCUGCUUGGCGCGUACCAUAUGUCCGGGGACUACCUCUUCGCUGAAAAAGCAAAAGAAGUGGCAGAACUAAUCGAUCCAGCUUUCAACACUCCCUUCCCCGCCGCUCACUUUAAUCCCGCAACAGGAAGACACGACGGAAACAAUGGACGAAUUCUCGCAGAAGUCGGGAGCUUCCAUUUGGAGUACUACGAUUUGGCCUACGCUACUGGCGAAAAACACUGGUGGGAUAGGGCUUAUGGCAUUCGAAAGCUUCUCCACGAUGUUCAAAAGAAAGACGGGCUGAUUUCGAAUCGACUUUCUUGCCCGAGAAAAGCUGGUUCGGACAGCUGGACAGUCAGUCCCAGUGGGAGCUCGUACUCAUACGGAGCCGAGGGCGAUUCGUACUACGAAUAUUUGAUCAAAUCUUACGUCCAAACUGGGUUGGAAGAUGAGCAGGCGAAGGAGAUGUAUUUUGAGAGCCUGGCUGGGGCGAAGAAACAUUUGCUGAAGAAUAAAGAUGGUCAUAAGUUCUUUCAAGACUAUCCUGGAGGAGUAAAUACCAUGCAACAUUUAGCUUGCUUCGCAGGUGGAAUGGUUGCAUACGGAGCAAAAUUCGCCAAAAAUCCUGCCGAAGAUCUAGAAAUCGGAGCAUCUGUCACCACCAGCUGUCAUCUCAGUUAUCACAAUUCUCCAAGCCACAUCGGGACCGAGCGAUUUACCAUGCUCGGUGGAGUCGGCCCCGGAAGCCCAGCGUACUACAUUUUAAGACCAGAGGAAGAAAGAUUCCGAGACAUGGCCUGGGAAGCCGCCCAAGCCAUCGAGCAAUACUGUAAAGCAGAGUACGGAUACGCCGGUUUAGCAAAUGCAGGUUCCUCAAGACCGACUCAAGAUAAUCUUCAACGGUCGUUUUUCCUCGCGGAAACUCUCAAAUACCUGUAUUUGAUCUUUUCCGAAGACGACCUAAUUUCGCUCGAUGAAUUUGUCUUCAACACCGAAGCCCACCCGAUGAUCAUCACUAGAUGA